AUGGGGAAUGACCUUGCAGGUGGUAAAGUGUUUUCCUGUCCAGAUGUUGUAAAUGAGCCUAGCGCCUGUGAUCAGUCUGAUGUUUCUAAACUGUUUUCCUCUGCAUUCCCUGCCUGUGAAGUGAUAUGUGGACAAUCGCAAAAGUUCAGAGAUGAUGUGGAUCUCUCUGACUCAUUCCUGGUUUCCGAGUCAACUCCUACUGAGUGUAAACUGUCUGGCCCAAAAUCUGUGUCUGUUGUUUCCAGUGCUGUCACGUCGACUGCUUCUAGUCCUGAGGUGGAUGGACUGGUCAAAAGGGAUGCUCAAAUCUCCUUGUACAUCCUCACAGCACUGCCCCCUGCUGGCCCAACAAACCCUAGACCAGCACAGGAACCCUCUGCACCUCAAAUAAACCUUUACAUCUCCGGCAUUCCACAACAGGACAAGAUAAAUGCAGUAGAACUUCUGAAACAAGCACCUUUACAGCAUCUAGUGGUGGCUAACCCAGAGUCACCACCCGGUCUGCCAUACCCUGCCCCAUACAACUCGAUCCUGCCUCAGAACACCCUAAUGAUGCCAGUCAGCAUGCCCUUUCAGGCCUUUCCACACAUGGUCCCUGUCCCUCCCCAGGUCAGUCCACUACAGAGCUCCACUUUACUCGGCCCACAGGUGAACCCAUACCUUCAGCCUGUAAAUCACCUCCUAGGUCCUCAAAAUUUUGGCCCAAGCUCAUUUUAUCCACAGAUGUAUCCUUUCAAACCCUAUGGUAACUAUGGCGUGCCCAAUAUAGCCAUAUCACCCCCUAUCAUAUUUAGGGAGUGUGGGCAGACAGCUACAACACAAGUGUAGUUUGAUGUCAAAUGAUAGCCUGUAUAUCACCU